GUUGGAGGUCUGCAAGAUCAGUUUGGAACAUUAAAUUGAAGUGAUCCAAGCAGCAGAAGAUCCUUUCCUGACAACACAAAAUUCAGGAGCAGAACUAGUAAUGGAGCCAUCAGAGAAGUACCUGUUCAAACACAAAACAUGCUAUUUUCCCCAUGAUCUGGUCACACCAGAAUAUAUAGAUUCACUGGAAGAUUUUGAAAUCAGAGACAGUGAUGUCUUUAUAGUCACUUAUCCAAAAUCAGGUACCAUAUGGACACAGCACAUUUUAAGUCUGAUUUACUAUGAAAGUCAUCGAAAUCACACAGAAGACACUGACCUGUUAGACAGAGCUCCAUGGUUGGAGUACAACAUCCGCAAAAGAGACUAUGUCAAUCGCCCAUCACCUCGUCUCUUUACUACCCAUCUUCCCCACAACCUAGUGCCAAAGGGAUUGAGAAGUGGUAGAGCAAAGGAUCUGAGAAGCUCUAUUUUGAAAAUUUGCAACUUCCUGGGAAAGAGUUUGACUGAAAAAGAGGUGGAUAAUAUUGUGGUUAAUGCCUUGUUUGACAAAAUGAAAGCAGAUCCUAGAACAAAUGCUAUGGCUGAAUCUUCUGAUCUCUUAGAUCACAGCAAAGGAUGCUUUCUCCGCAAAGGUACCAUUGGAGACUGGAAAAACAUAAUGACAGUUGCACAGAGUGAAAGAUUUGACAGUGUUUUCAAGGAGAGAAUGAAAAAGCUGCCCUUCAAGUUCUGCUGGGAUAUCAAUGAUAAAUUAUGAAUUAAUUAUGAAUCUUUAAUUGGUGAAGCACAAAUUUGUCCCAUCGUGUUUCAAAAUCAUUCUGCAAAAGUUUUCAGUGUUGGGACAAAGUCAACACAUUUUGGGGCACAUUUCUCAUAAUGUCAAGAUUCUGAAUGAAAUUUCUCAAAGUUUACAGAUUUUUAAAGAGAAUUGUCCUUAUUCAGGCUGGGUGUUGAUUCAAAGUUAGAGGUGGGAGAAUUCUGAGUCCUUUUUUUGUACAAUAUUUCUUGAUGUACAAAAUUUAGAAAUUUUAUGUUUUGUUUUUUGGUCCA